ACCACAUGGAGCAGAAGAAGGAGCAGAGUUUCCCAUACAAUACUAAAUCCCCCAAAAAACAUGAACACCACCAUACUCAUGACCACCCACUUCCUCCUCUUCCAACUCUCGCUCAUCUCCUUCUUCUUCCUCUUCCACCCAACCCCCACCGUCGGAUCCCCGUCCAACGACACAUACUUCAUACGUACAAGCUGCGGCACCACGUUGUACCCUGACGUCUGCUAUACCUCCCUUUCCCGCUAUGCCAGCGCCGUCCAGAACAACCCGGCUCAUCUCGCUAAGGUUGCCAUCGGCGUCAGCCUCGCCAGGGCCCGGCGCUUAGCCGAUUACUUCUCCAACAUCUCCCGCCAAGCUGACUACGGCGCCGACCCGCGCGCCCCACCCGCCCUCCACGACUGCUUAUCCACCAUCGGCGAAGCCGUAGACCAGAUUCGUGACUCGCUCAAGCAGAUGCGCGAGCUCGGUUCCACCAGCAGCGGGUCGUCGUCGUUCCGGUUCCAGAUGAGCAACGUGCAGACGUGGAUGAGCGCCGCACUUACGUAUGAGGAGACCUGUACGGACGGAUUUUAUAACGUGGCGGACGGGCCUUUGAAGACCGACGUGUUGAAACGGGUGGAGGAUGUGAAGAAGGUAACCAGCAAUGCGCUGGCGUUGGUUAACAGAGUUGCUGAGAAGGGGGUGCUGUGAUCAAAUUCGAGCCUCCGUCUCUGGUUUUAGUAGGUUUUCGACCGUUGGAAUUUGUAAUUAGUAAAUUGGUUAAUUUGCAUUUUACCGUUUGUAAUUUGUACGUAUUUUCUCUCUGAAUUGUGUGGAUUUCAGCAACAUAAAGAUUAAAAAAGCAAAAUGAAGAUGUAAUUUCAAUUA